AAAGAAAGCUAAUAAGAUUCCAUUCAUCUUCUUCCUCCAGCAUCCAAAUCAAAAGUACAAGAAUAGCCACGACUUCUCUCCCUCCCUACAUUUGGUCUCCAAUCUUUUCAUAGGAUCAAUCAGAGCAACACAACUCUCUAACCUUCCUCUGUUUCUAGCUCCAGAAGAGAAAAAGGAUCGAUCUUCUGAAUCUGAAACCUGGAGGUUUGGAAUUGACUCGGGUCUUUUUGGGGAUCGAUAGAUAGAAGAGAUCUUUAUGGGUUUUGUUUAGAAACUCACACAAAGAUGUCGUUGAAGCAUCAUCAUAGAGGAGGAGGAGGAGGAGGAGUAGAGAUGUCGGGUUCCAAGAGUUUUGUCUCAAAGAAAUGGACUUUCUUACUCUGUAUCGGUUUCUUCUGCGCCGGAACUCUCUUCUCCGACAGAAUGUGGCCAGAGCCUGAAGCCAAUGUUGCAUCAAGGGAAGCAGCUUCAGAUGAACGUCUUCUGCAUUUAGUGUCAGAUGACUGUGAUUCAUCAAAAAAGACAAGCCUUGGAGAAGUGUACAAGAGUCCUGAUGCUAUUCAAACGCUAGACAAAACGAUAUCGACUCUGGAAAUGGAGUUAGCAGCUGCAAAAGCCGCGCAAGAAUCCAUCGUGAACGGUUCACCAGUCUCUGAUGAGUUCAAGGUCCCUCAAACUGCUACCAAAAGAAAGUAUCUGAUGGUUGUUGGGAUCAACACUGCGUUUAACAGCAGAAAGCGAAGGGAUUCUGUCCGUGCUACUUGGAUGCCUCCCGGUGAGGAGAGAAAGAAGCUCGAAGAAGAGAAAGGGAUUGUGAUGCGGUUUGUAAUAGGUCAUAGUGCUACUCCUGGUGGGAUUCUUGAUAGAGCGAUUCAAGCUGAGGAAAGUAAACACGGAGACUUCUUGAGACUGGAUCAUGUUGAAGGUUAUCUAGAGCUGUCAGCAAAGACUAAAUCUUACUUUAGCACGGCUUUUGCAUUAUGGGAUGCAGACUUCUACGUGAAAGUCGAUGAUGAUGUUCAUGUAAACAUAGCCACGCUGGGAGCAGAGUUAGCAAGAUACCGUAUGAAACCUCGAGUAUACAUUGGUUGCAUGAAAUCUGGACCCGUUCUUGCUCAGAAAGGAGUGAGGUAUCAUGAACCGGAGUACUGGAAGUUUGGAGAAGAGGGUAACAAGUACUUCCGCCACGCCACGGGUCAGCUCUACGCCAUUUCCAGGGAGUUGGCGUCUUACAUAUCGAUAAACCAAAACGUACUUCACAAGUAUGUGAAUGAGGAUGUCUCUUUAGGAUCAUGGUUUCUUGGAUUGGAUGUGGAGCAUGUAGAUGACCGUAGGCUGUGUUGUGGUACAACAGACUGUGAGUGGAAGGCACAGGCGGGGAACAUGUGUGUUGCCUCGUUUGAUUGGAGCUGCAGUGGGAUUUGUAGAUCAGCGGUUCGGAUGAAGGAUGUUCAUCGGAGGUGUGGAGAAGGCAGAGAUGCUCUUAUUGCUGCAUCAUUUUGAACAAAGAAAACACAUUGACAGAAGAAGAAGAGUACAAAGAGACAAAUCAGCUCAACAGUUUGUAGUAUAGACACACACACUCGAGACUGCUCAACACAUACUCUCUAUACAUGUUUGUAUCUUUUGAACUGAAAUGAGAAGGGUGCUUUUUGCCCUCCUUUCUCUGAUUUCUUUAUAAUUUUUUUUUUCCAUUUCUUUGCUAAGGUUUAGAGUUUCUUUCACAUAGAAAAUGCAGUUUUUAGCUGCAAAAGGCAGAACUCAAUGAAAGCACAUUCAGAGAAUUAUGAACUUCUGAACUGAACUUA